CCCCGGCUGCCGUGGUCCAGCCCGCCGGCUCUGCGCCUGCGCCUGGCUGGGUGGAAGUGACGUUGAGUUGGUCUGAGCGGCGGGAAGAUGGCGGACGUACUGGAUCUUCAUGAGGCGGGCGGCGAGGAUUUCGCCAUGGACGAUGAGGGUGACGAAAGCAUCCACAAACUGAAGGAGAAGGCAAAGAAGAGGAAGGGUCGAGGCUUUGGAUCAGAGGAAGGCGCUCGUUCCAGACUGCGUGAGGACUAUGACUCCGUGGAGCAGGAUGGUGAUGAGCCGGGUCCCCAACGCUCGGUCGAAGGCUGGAUCCUGUUUGUGACUGGCGUCCACGAGGAGGCAACAGAGGAGGACAUCCAUGACAAAUUUGCAGAAUACGGCGAAAUAAAGAACCUCCACUUGAACCUGGACCGGCGGACAGGCUACCUGAAGGGUUACGCGCUGGUGGAAUACGAGACGUACAAGGAGGCCCAGGCAGCAAUGGAGGGAUUAAAUGGUUCAGAGCUCGCGGGACAGCCCAUUAGUGUAGACUGGGGCUUCGUCAGAGGGCCCCCCCGGAGCAAGAGACGGAGUGGACGAAGGAGAAGCCGGAGUCCGGAUCGGAAGCGUCAUUGACCCUGGAGUGGACCGGGAUCCGAUGGGAUGGAACUCCUGUGGUGGAGAGCUGCCAGUGAUCUGUUUUGUCCAGGCUGAGUUGUAGUGGACCAGGAGUCAGAGGAAUGGGGAAAGGAGUGGGGUCAGCGUGCAAAAGCAAUGCUGUGGUUUCUCAGAAAUAAAUCUUUUAUUUAAACUCGA